GAAGUUUCUUUAAGGACACUUGUAUAAUGUAAUUCUUCAUCUUUCGUUUCAGCCUGUCUCACCGACACUCCCAUCAAGUCGGAUCCCGCCGGGGAGAGCAAAACGUUCACCUGCGCGGAUUGCAUCCUUCAGAAGGUACCCGCUUGUUUUGUCUGCACCGACAAAGACGAUACGGUCAAGGAGGACGAGAAAUACCGCUGCGCCAUGUCUGGCUGCGGCAAGCAGUACCAUCUGGCCUGUCUGCGGCUAUUCCCGCAGCACAAGUUCACCGGAACUUCCCGCAAGUCGAGCACGCUGUUCUGUCCGGCUCAUACCUGUCAUACGUGCGUCUCGGACGAUCCCCGCUCGAAUGCGACCACCACCAAGGGCCAGCUGGUCCGAUGCAUCAAAUGUCCCUCGUCGUACCACGCGGAUGCCAAAUGCAUUCCGGCUGGGUCGGAAAUUCUGACCAACGCGGCGAUGAUCUGCCCAAAGCACACUCUGGAACAAUGUUCGAUUAACGUCAACUGGUGCUUCCUGUGCUGUCAAGGCGGGAGUCUCAUUUGCUGCGAAACCUGCCCAACAGCUUUCCACCUGGAGUGCCUCAAGUUUACCCCUCCGGAAGGGCGUUAUAUUUGCGAGGAGUGCGAGUCCGGUCGGAUGCCAUUGUACAACGAAGUCGUCUGGGCCAAGUACGGUGCAUAUCGCUUUUGGCCCGCCAUCACCGUGCCGCCUCCGAUGGUUCCGGAAAACGUCGAACAGAUAUCACACAAACAGUGGGACAUAUGCAUCCGAUUCUUCGGAUCGAGCGAAUACGUUUGGAUAAACCGGCGUCGGAUUUAUCUGUAUCAGGAAGGUGAUUCUGACGCGAUCGGACAGAAGCGCAGCGGCUUAGCCAGACGCUACGGGGAAGCACUACAAGAAGCUAAAAAGGUGCAUGGAAUGCUUUUGGAGAAAAAAACUGCCGACCAGCUGACCAAUGGGAGCGAAGACGCCUUCAAGCCUCCGAUGUAUAAAAAUAUCAAAAGCAACCGCUACGUGGCCCCGCUGAAGGCACCCUAUCAGGCAAAGGAUGAAAUGGAAGAUAACGUGUGCGAGUGCAAAGCAUCCGAUAAUGAGCCGUGUGGGCCGGAUUCGAACUGCUUGAACCGUGCUCUGCUGGUAGAGUGCAAUCCAAAGUUGUGUCCAGCUGGCGAAAGCUGUCAGAAUCAGUGUUUCGAGAAGCGACAGUAUCCAGCGUUGGCUGCCCGGCGGAUAUCGCAGAAGGGCUGGGGACUGGUGGCACAGGAGGACAUCCGGCAGGGACAGUUCGUGAUCGAGUACGUUGGCGAGGUAAUCAAUAAUGAGGAACUGGCGCGGAGGCUACAACACAAGGUGACGCAGAAGGAUGAAAAUUACUAUUUCCUAACGGUGGAUUCGGAACUGACAAUCGAUGCCGGUCCCAAGGGAAACCUCGCGCGUUUCAUCAACCACUCGUGCGAGCCAAACUGCGAAACGAUGCUAUGGAAGGUUGGCGGUGCACAGUCGGUCGGGUUGUUUGCAAUCAAGGACAUCAAGGCGGGCGAGGAGUUAACCUUCAACUACAACUUCGAAAGCAAAGGCCCCGAAAAGAAGAUUUGCCACUGCAACGCAAGCAAAUGCUCCGGCUUCAUCGGGCAAAAAUACCGUCCUCCGGUGGAGGAACCUUCGGGCGACGGUCGACGCAAGUCGGGCAAAAAGACGAAAGGCUCGAAGCGUCGAAAAUCCUCCAUGGCAGCAGCGGACAAGAGGCGAAAAAGUACCGUUGAAAAGGACGACGGAACGCCGGGAGGUAGCAAAAGCAAGAAACGGAAAUCGGUGGCGGUGGAACCGGUGGAGAGCGAGGGUGUCACGGUCAAGGUCGAACCAUCGGAAGCAACGGAUGCGGUUGACGAGAGCGUGACUACCGCGGCGAGCAUGGCUGUUACUGAGGAGAAUCCGAAGGUGGACGAGACGGCGAUUAAAGAUGAGGUAAAAGAAUAAGCAAACAUUAGAAUGGGGCCUUGUGCUGGCGGGACCAAACUCCAAUUUAUACCUUACAUAAAAAUCCGUACGUACGAGUAUUAGUACUAGAAAGAGCACAACCCAGUGCCUUUAUUUUGUAACGAGAUAUUUAUUACAUCACGGUAGAAGGAAGUUUUUUAAAAGGAUAUUUCCAAUCGGAAAGAUAUGUAUAUUUUCUUAUACUAUUGUAACAUAGGUACUGUUGAACGCUUUAAAACAAAUGGUGUUAACGAAUAGUUGAUUGAAUAAGUCUGUUGAUUGUUCGUUGAAGAGGAAAAUCUGAUGUAGUGUACACAAAUUUAUAAAUAAAAUAUCGUAUUAGCAUUUGAACGCAUUUAGCUAGGGUAGGUUCCUACGGCAAUUUCCGUUUUUAGAGACAAAUGUUAAAUUAACAAGCAUAUUAAAUUACGGUUUAGAGUUUCUAAUUCGUCAAUUGUUCCGAUUCAUUUUCCUUCGAAGAGUUUAUCCCCUCGAAUGAAGACUGUUGUUUUCGUGUUUUCAUUGAAAUGUCCUAGCAAAAGAUGCUUUCGAUUAUCUCGUUUUGAUAGUGAAUAAUAUACGAACUCAGGAAGUUGACAGUUCGUAAGAACUUUUCAGAAAAUCUGUCACCAAGUGUGAGCGCAAACUAGUUGUGUUUAAUCGUCUAUUCUUUUUUAAAUUCGAUAACAGUGUAGUUGUAGGAGUGUGUCAAAUGGAUGGACUGAAGAGAAAAAGUUCUUCGAAACUAUUUUAAGCGUUGCGAAUAAAGCGAAUGUUGCGAAAUAUAUAAACCUA